UUGGGUGGAAUGGCGGGGUAGUAACAUACCGGUGCCGAGCACCACGACAUCAUACUCGGGGGCGAUCUCAUCCAUGAUGUGAGAUAACGCUGGAAAUCAAUGACAAUGUGCAAAUGAGUCUCCAAAGGAGUGAUAGGAGGAUGGGAAUAAAUAUGGGCAGUAAGUGUAUAGGGGGGAGAAGAUGGAGAGUUAUGAAGCACGGUGAGUUUAAAGGAAAGGAAAGAAAAGAGGAGAGGAGGAGGAGGGAGAGGAGGAGGAGGAGCAGGCCCGUCGAAAGGAGGCCGACCCGUCAGUCUAAGGCAGUCCAAGGGUAGAUUUGGAACCCCCCGCGGAUCAUCGAUCACCUUCUCGAACCCGUUAUUAU